AUGGAUCGAAGUUGGAUAACAACAACUAAGCCAGGUGACCCAAAAUAUCAAGUAGGUGUAAGAGAAUUUGUUAAGUUUGCAGUUAAGAAUAGUGGAGGCCGCCAUAAGCUACCAUGCCCUUGUCACAUGUGCCAUAAUUUCUUGUACAAGAGACCCGAAGAGAUACUUAAUCACUUGGAGAAAUGGGAAUUUGAUAAAACAUAUACCCGUUGGAUUUGGCAUGGAGAAUGUAGGGAUGAAGCUUCGGUGAGUAACUUUUCAGAUAAUGCUAAUGAAGGUCAACAUACAACUGAGGGAGAUAGAUUAGAGGAAAUGCUCCAUGUAGUACAUGAGAAUUUUGAUGAAGAUCCCACUAAAUUUGAGAGCUUAUUAAGUGACUCUGAAAAGCCUUUGUAUGAAAGUUGCACUAAAUACACAAGGUUGUCUGCCAUACUUAAGCUGUAUAACUUGAAGGCGGGUCAUGGUUUAAGUGAUCAAAGCUUUAAUAUGAUCCUAGAAUUGGUAAAAGACAUGCUUCCAGAUGAUAAUGUCCUUCCAAGUUGUACAUAUGAGGCAAAAAAGACAUUGAGUGUCAUGGGUUUACCUUAUGAAAGAAUUCAUGCUUGCUCUAAUGAUUGCAUGUUGUAUCGAAAUGAGAAUGAAUCGUUAGAGAGAUGCACAAUUUGUAAUGCCUCACGAUACAAAAAUGAUGAAGGACGAGUGCCUGCUAAGGUAUUAUGGUACUUUCCAAUAAUACCUAGGUUUAAAAGGUUGUUUUCUAAUGCCGGAGAUGCUGAAAAGUUAACAUGGCAUGCCUAUGGUCGAGAGGAUGACGGAAUGCAUAGACAUCCUGCUGAUUCCCCACAAUGGAGGUUUAUUGAUGGAGAAUUUCCGGAGUUUGCCAAAGAAAAGCGUAAUUUACGCCUAAGAUGGCUUCAAUCCAUUUGGCUCAUUGAGUAG